AUGGACUACUUUAACCAAACUGAUCCUGAAUGUUGGUCGCUUUUGGGAUAUCUCCAUUGGAGAUCCAACUUCGUGGAUUUUGCAAGUAAAACGUAUGAACAUAGUGUCUUUAUCGAUAUAAUCAGAAAGAUUUCAUGCCAAGUUGGAGUAAAAGGAGAAAUUGCAAGGCUGAUAUUGAGAGAUUUGAAGGAUAUAAAAAAUUCGCCAGAAGUAAACGCUUUUUGGAAUAAUUACAAUAACACGAACAUACAAAGGAAGAGAAAACUAUGGCAAAUAGAGUCUUCUGAUCAACUGGAAAAAGAGGUUAAACUUAUUCGAAAUGAAAGAAUCAAAGCCCAAUAUAGUGAGCUAACUCAAAGUCAAUUUGUUGAGACAAACGCGUCUAUAAUGAACCUUUCAAGUAUCCUAAAUGAUCCAGGAGAGUCUUAUUCUACAAUCGCUCUUAAUGAUGAUGGUUUCAAGACACCGUCUCAAAGACCAUGCAAAAUGACUAUAACAAUGCCACAAAAACCAACACUUUGUGAUAAAUCAGAAAAGAAUGUAUUUGAGAGUACUAUUAUGACUUUACCAAAUCCUGAUCACCCAUUUCAGAAAUAUACAUUCAAUUGGAUAGAAGUCCAAGCUAACUGUAUCAAGGAUGCAAAAAUGUUGUUUCCAGAAUUUGAUCUGAAGUUGAAUAAAGUAGAUAGGAUUUGUUUUAAGGUUUCUAGCAAUAAAGAAGUUAUAUUUAUCAAAGUAUCUAGAGGACCAGAAAAUGCCAUUUUAAAGCACAUUAGAGAAGAUACUGAAAAACUUAUAAAAGAGAGUAUGUUCGGCUUAGUCGCUUUGCUUAGAGAUUUUUUAGAUAAAAAUGCAAAAUACGUAAGAAAUAUUUGUACCUACAUAGUGCAGUGCAUUGGUGACCGAAUUACAUUAAGUGAAUUUUGUCUCGACAGAAGACAUUAUUAUAAGAUUUCACAAAUCAAGUCUGCUAUAUUACCAUUUUCCUUUGAGGAAGUUGAAAAUUUUAUAGAAGUAUUUGAAUUGUUAUACGCUUUGGUGAAAUUAAUACUUGCUGAUUUUAAUAGUAAUGAACCCACGAUUCGAGAUUGGAUAUGA